AUGGGAAACAUCCUCUUCCUAAUCGGCCUCCCCCUUAUCCUCGGCCCUUCCAAAACCCUCUCCUUCUUUGCCCGCCGCCAAAAGAUCACAGGAACCAUAACCUUCGCGCUAGGAAUCCUUCUAAUCCUCUUCCGUUGGCCGCUGAUCGGCUUCUGCGUCGAGCUGUACGGUCUCUUCGUGCUAUUUGGGGACUUUUUGGUUACCUUGAGUGGGUUUGUGGGGUCUGUCCCGGUGGUGGGACCGUCGUUGAAAAGGGUAUUGGUGUUUAUCGGGACGGCGGGCGGGAGGAGGGGCGGGGGUGGGGAGUUGCCGGUUUGA